CUUUUAUAAACGGAAGCUUCCAUCUUCGUCAUUCCCCAAGUUACCCUCCAACUCUAAUGACUCAUCAUCCUAUUACCUUUUCUUUCUCUCUCACACACUCACACACUAAUUAUAACGCCUGAACACCACGGCAGGCAGGGGUUCUUGAUUUUCUUCAGUGUCAUAGUCAAUUCAGCCUAUGUCUUAAGGUACUGAGUCAUCCAUCCGACUCAUUCCUUUCCCCCUUUUUUUCUUCUGGAUUUUUUCGGGGUUUUUGAAAAUUUUCACCUAAGUCAAAUGGGUUCUUAACUUUUAAUCUGCUCUUCUGGGUUGGUUUCUGAUUGCUUCUGUUAUUGAAGAACAUUGAUACUUAAGCAGUCAGAGAGCUGAGGUUUUUUUUUUUUUUUUUUUUUUUGGGGAAGUGUCCAAAAAAUGGCGAGUUCAGUCGAAGAUCAAGAUCAAAGGUAUUCCCUUGUACCCCUUUGUGUUUACUUUAUGAUGUAAAGUUUCAUUUUUUUUUUUUUUUUUGUGCUUUUGGACUAUCUUUUUUAUGGGCUUUAGCUUCUGAUUCUACGAACUUAUCUAAAUUCGUCAUUCAUAUCAGACUUAAAAUGAAAGGAAAGUAAAAGGAAUUGCUCGGCUGACUUUGUUCUACGCUGUACGCCUGGUUGGCAAUGGUUUUAUUUCACGAUCUAAGAAUUAGGAAAUAUAGAUAAUGGAGCGAUUCAGUACUGCAAUACCAAUAAUUGAAGGGACUAUUCUAAUAGUCAUAUGGGAAAAGGGUAGAAAAUGAUGAUCUUUUUGUUAAACUGAAACUUCUGUCUCUUAUUUCUCGAUUUUGUAUAAGCUCUAAUCAGUAACCGCAACUAAGGAGGACACUACUUCUGCUAAGUGGUACAUACUGUGUGCUGUUGUAAAGACCGGAUUUUGACAGAUUAUUGUGAAGCCAAAGUCACUCGGAAACUAAUGGGGGCUUCUUAUUUGAAAAUGCUCAUAGGGGCUUUUGUGAAGCUUAGAUUCUACUAGUUACAGAAUUAAAUACCAAUCAAGAAAGCUGCAGAACCGAAUAAAAUUUCCGUAGGUCAUCAUUUUUAAAUCUCUGUGUUUGUGUGUGUCUGGGUGCGGAUAUACGUUCUUGUGAUGUCCUUUUGAUAUAUUUUGGCCCUGAGAAGAGAAACAUUGAUAAAUUUUAAUUGUGCUUUGCAGUACCACCAGAAAGGGUGACUACCAGGUUUUGAUUUCAUAAUUAGGGUUUCAGGGAAUUAUUCAGGAUAAGGUCAUUUGUUUUGAAAUGUUUAUUGUUGUCCCAUUUGGAAUCUGGUUUUGAAAGCCCAUUUAUGCGAGGAUUUAACAAGUUUACUCUUAACCUUUGCUACGUCCAUUAAAUGAACCUAGUUUUGCUGAAAUUUUCUCUUAUUAGAAGUAAUGGUGGCGGACUAGAAGAUUUGACUUCAAUGACCAUUGAAUCUCUGCGGGCCCAAUUGUUGUCUGAGAGAGCUGUUUCAAAAUCGUCAAGGCAGAGGGCUGAUGAUCUUGCAAAGAGGGUAAAUCCGUGGACCUAAUGUUGUAUAAACAAACCAUGGCCUCUUUUUUAUGCCCAUUUCUGUCAAUAUUUAAUGGUUCCAAAUUGCUUUUGGGUUGCUUUCUGUCUGUUACGAAUCGAUAGGUAUUGGAACUGGAAGAGCAACUGAAGAUGGUGUCUCUGCAACGAAGGAAAGCUGAGAAAGCCACAGUGGAUGUGCUUGCUAUUCUAGAGAGCAACGGGAUAAGUGAUGCAUCGGAUUCAUACUAUUCCAACUCUGACCAGGAAACGAUCAGUGAUGAUAGUACAAAGAUGAAGGAAACCUCCAGAAAUUUUGAAGUGAGAAGAAGUGAUAUAGAAGCAUAUUCAAGUUCUGAAAUCGACUCUUCUCAUUCUACUGGUCGAAGCCUAUCAUGGAAAAGUAGCAAGGAUUCUCACCAUUCCUUUCAAAGGACAAAAUACAUGGAACCUGUUAGGAGAAGAAGUUCUGCAUUUGCUUCUAAUGGUACUUCUUCACCAAAGCGUGUUGGUAAAUCUUGUCGGCGGAUAAGACGGAGGGAGAUUAGAUCCGCUACAGAGCAGUUGCAAACUGAUCCUAAUAUGCAUGAAUUGCAAGCGAGCACAGUUGAUAACUUUUCCAAAGAUUCUCCUAUUUGUGCUGAUAUUGAACAUCCUGCAAGCCUAGGGAUAAACAACACAACAGAAAUUCAAGUUCCGGGGUCUAGUUCACCUGGAACUAAAGGUGUCAAUGGCUUGUGUUCUGAUGGACAUGCAAAACAUAAGGACCUUGAUGGAACCUUACAACAGCAAGUAGACUCUUUAGGGCAGUUCGAAGAAGAAGAAACAGCCCAGAGACAGUGGGAAGAUAAAGUUAGAGAGAACAGUGUCAGUGGCUCUAUCCUGGAUUCAUGUGACCCUGGUAAUCGCUCAGAUGUUACUGAAGAAAGAGAUGAUGUGAAGGCAUCUGAUCAGUCAAAUGUAGAAGCAUCCAUACGUACUCAAGACCUUGGAAAUAACGAGGCAAUUAAACCUGAUUUUAGUGUAGAGCUGCAACUGAAGGACAUGGCUAUAUCUUCCACAGUUGAUAGUACGUGUUUACUAGAUCAGAAGGAAACGGGCAGCCAUGUUGCUUCCGAGUCUGUUAAACUUUCUUCAAAGGAGAAUCAGAACCAAGUGGUCUUGGAAAAUACAGAGAGGGUGCCUCCCCAAAGUAGCCAUAUUUCUACAAUCUCGAAUGGCUCCCUUGGGAUUUCCUCCGCGCAUAAUCCCGUUUCUUCAGAAAAUGGAGAAAGUUCUGGAAUAAAUAAGGAACUGGCUUUGGUAUCACAAAAUUCUUCAAGUAAUGUAGAAUCUGUUCUGCAGGCACUGCAGCUUGCCAGAUCAUCACUGAACCAGAAAAUCAAUAAUAUGCCACUAUUGGAGAACGGAUCAUCUGUUAACAGUGUUGAACGUUCUGUUCUUGGUGCCAGGACUAGAGAAAGAAUGGAGAUUCCUGUUGGGUGCCCGGGGCUUUUUAGGUUGCCGACUGACUUUCAGUUUGAAGCUACGGUUAGAAGCAACUCUCUGGGUUCAAAUUCGAGACCUGUUUUAAGCAAUGGAUACCAUGAAGCAACAUUUGAGGGAUUUCUUGGCAGCCCUUAUGAGGAAAGUAGAUCAAGUGCGUCAUUAAGCGAUCAGUUCUAUGGCAGCUCACCUUCCCCUUCUAGAGAGAUCCAGUCUGGAGUUAAUAGAACCACUCUAACUCCCCCAUUUCCACAAGGUGUCUCAGGACUACAUGCUUCCACAAUGCCUCGACUCGGGAUGCAACCAAGUGGCUCCCCGAUGAGACUUGCCGAUGGAAAUGUUUUUGAUACUGGCGUAUCAUCUUCCAGUACAUCCAGCUACCUCGAUCAUCGAAUGGACCCAGGGUUUGUCACAAGACUACCUGCUUCUUCGAUGCCAUUUAUGGAGUCAGGUAUCCAUCAAAUGAAGCCUGUUCAUCAAAAUGCUUUUGUUACUAGUCCAUCUUCCGGUAGAUCCAGUUAUCUUGACCCUCAAAUGAAUCCAGGACUGGUCCUUCCACGGAGAUAUACAUCUCCGUCUUAUCCUUUUUACCCAGAAGUGGCUCAACAAGUACCCUCAAAUGACAGAUUCGCAAGAAAUGUAGCUAGCCAGGAGUAUAAUGUGCCAUCUAAUUCUGGGUUUUCCUUCUAUGAUGAUCCUAAUGUGAAACAAAACAUGUACAAAUAGUAGGUAGGCAUAGGAUCUAAUAGGAUUUCCCCCCUCUUUUUGGAGCCCCCCCUUUUUUUUUGCCAGGAAAUUUUUACAGAUGCACGGUAACUUGGUAUAUGUCCAUAUUUAUUAAUCAUCUUUAAGACAGUGACAUAUGUUUGGUUCAAAAGUGAAGGUUACGUAUCAAAGACCUUGACUGAGUGGGGUUCCUUUAAAUGGCCUAAUGUAUUAAAGGUACCUUCUCUUGUUGGCUACAACAACCUAAGCAGAGCUUUAAAACUUAUAUCAACACAUUACGGAGAUGAGUUGGUGUUAAUGCUCGAGCUGUGUUAUAUGGAGAAUGAUAUCGAAAACCUUGAGUGGAAUUCGUGUAAAUUGCCUACUGUAUCUUUCUUUUCUUUUCUUUUUUCUUCAUCCGGAAACAAGAAAAGCUGAAAAUGUAGUUCACAUUUCUGGGAAAGUUUUGACUUUUACCGUAAUGUUCCUUGACUUUUGAUGCAGAGUUGAUCCCACCGUACGGUUCCUUACAAGUCGCCGCAAAUGAUUACGUGUGGUUGGAGAGUUGACUUGAAAUUGGGGAAUAUUAUAGCGGGAGGAUAACAGUAGAGAGGUAACUAUAUAUGUACACUGAAAUUUAUUUUUCAAAAUAAAAAUCAAUACUGUAUGUUAGUAAUCCAGAGUUCCAGACAUAUAUUCCUUUACAGGAAAAGAAAAAAUUAAUAUAUAGGAAUAAAGUACGCGAGCUUGGUCAUGCCCACCAAUUAACCCCAUCAUCAUUUGGAGACGAAAAUUCCAUCUAGCGGCUACCUAGUUUAACAGAUUGAACUUUUAUAUUUUGGGACGGAAAAAAAUAAUUAAUUUUAAAACUAAUAUUAUGAUUUUCU